CGAGCCGCGAGCCCGGAGCCGGCCCCAGCCCCGCGGCCGCCGCGGCUGCGGGGAGAGGGCGGGGGCGAUGCUGCCGGAGCCGCCGCCGCCGCCGCGCCUCGGUGAGAGCCGCGCCGUGCACCGCCGCUCGCCGCCGCGCAGGCUGACAGGCACCCGGACCCGCUUCCCUCGCGCGGGCAUCCUCCCCGGGCUGCCGGGAAGCGGCGGCGGCGGCGGCGGAGGAAGAGGAGGAAGAGGAGGAGGAGGAGGAGGAAGAGGAGGAGGAGGAGGAGGAGGGAGAAGCGGACCAGGCGGAGGGCAGCCGCGAGAGGAGGUGGACCUGGAGCCGUUUCUCCCGGCCAGGACCCGCGCGGCCCCAGCCACCGCUCCCCGCCGGCGCCGUCCCCUCUCCAUCAGUCCUCCUGCGCCCACCCGCGACCCCCGGCUUCCCGCGCGUCGGGCCGGAGCCGGAGCGGCACGGCCGGAGACGGCCCGGCCUCCGGGUAAUGCUCAUGCUGCUGCAAUAAGUGUUGGUGGUCAUCGAGGGCUUUGCAUCCUGGGGACGAAUCCUGAGCUUGCCAGAGACGGACGGCGCAAGCAGGUCCGGCCUCUGUUUCCCCGCGAGGAACAGCCGCGGCCCACCGAGAUGUCCCGGCACCACAGCCGCUUCGAAAGAGAUUACCGGGUGGGCUGGGACCGCCGCGAGUGGAGCGCCAACGGCACGCAUGGGACCACCAGCAUCUGCAGCGCCACGGCCGGCGGGGCGGGGGGCGCGGCCGCCAGCAGCCUCAGCGCGCGGCCCGGCCUCCUGCCACUGCCCGUGGUGCCCUCCCGGCUGCCCACGCCCGCCGCCACAGCCCCCGCCCCCUGCACCACCGGCAGCGGCGAGGCCAUCACCAGCCUCGUGGCCAGCUCCGCCUCCGCGGUCACCACCAAGGCCCCCGGCAUCUCCAAAGCGGACAAUCCGGCCCAGGGACUCACCACCAGCAUCCGGUGGGGACAGACGCCCAUCAACCAGUCCACGCCCUGGGACACGGAGGAGCCGCCCUCUAAGCAGAUGCGGGAGAGCGACAACCCAGGCACGGGGCCAUGGGUGACCACGGUGGCCGCCGGGAGCCAGCCCGCCCUGAUCGCUCACUCCUACGGCGUGGCCCAGCCUCCCACCUUCAGCCCGGCCGUGAACGUGCAGGCCCCGGUCAUCGGGGUGACCCCCUCGCUGCCUCCCCACGUGGGGCCCCAGCUCCCGCUGAUGCCCGGCCACUACUCGCUCCCGCAGCCGCCCGCCCAGCCGUUGAGCAGUGUGGUGGUCAACAUGCCGGCUCAGGCGCUCUACGCCAGCCCGCAGCCCUUGGCCGUGUCCACCCUGCCCAGUGUGGGGCAGGUGGCCCGCCCGGGACCCAGCGCCGUGGGCAACGGCCACAUGGCCGGGCCCCUGCUGCCCCCGCCUCCGGCCCAGCCAUCCGCCACCCUCCCCAGCGGUGCCCCCGCCACCAACGGGCCCCCCACCACCGACUCGGCCCCCGGGCUGCAGAUGCUACGUACCAUCGGCGUGGGGAAGUAUGAGUUCACCGAUCCCGGGCACCCCAAAGAAAUGUUGAAGGAAUUGAACCAGCAGCGCAGAGCGAAAGCGUUUACAGACCUGAAAAUUGUUGUUGAAGGCAGAGAGUUUGAAGUCCACCAAAAUGUUCUAGCUUCCUGCAGCUUGUAUUUCAAGGACCUGAUUCAAAGGUCCGUGCAGGACGGCGGCCAGGCCGGCCGGGAGAAGCUGGAGCUCGUCCUGUCCAACCUGCAGGCCGACGUCCUGGAGCUGCUGCUGGAGUUCGUCUACACCGGCUCCCUGGUCAUCGACUCGGCCAACGCCAAGACGCUGCUGGAGGCGGCCAGCAAGUUCCAGUUUCACACCUUCUGCAGAGUCUGUGUGUCCUUCCUUGAGAAGCAGCUGACGGCCAGCAACUGCCUGGGCGUGCUGGCCAUGGCCGAGGCCAUGCAGUGCAGCGAGCUCUGCCACAUGGCCAAGGCGUUCGCGCUGCAGAUCUUCCCCGAGGUGGCGGCGCAGGAUGAGAUCCUCAGCAUCUCCAAGGAGGACUUCAUCGCCUACAUCUCCAACGACAGCCUCAACACCAAGGCCGAGGAGCUGGUGUACGAGACCGUCAUCAAGUGGAUCAAGAAGGACCCCGCGUCCCGCGCGCAGCACGCUGCCGAGCUGCUGGCCGUGGUGCGGCUGCCCUUCAUCCACCCCAGCUACCUGCUGAACGUGGUGGACAACGAGGAGCUCAUCAAGUCUUCCGAGGCGUGCCGGGACCUGGUGAACGAGGCCAAGCGCUACCACAUGCUGCCACACGCCCGCCAGGAGAUGCAGACGCCGCGCACGCGGCCGCGCCUCUCGGCAGGUGUGGCCGAGGUCAUCGUCCUGGUCGGUGGCCGUCAGAUGGUGGGGAUGACCCAGCGCUCGCUGGUGGCCGUCACCUGCUGGAACCCCCAGAACAACAAGUGGUACCCCCUGGCCUCUCUGCCUUUCUAUGACCGCGAGUUCUUCAGCGUCGUGAGUGCCGGGGACAACAUCUACCUCUCAGGUGGGAUGGAGUCGGGGCUGGCCCUACCCGAUGUCUGGUGCUACAUGUCCCUGCUGGACAGCUGGAACCUCGUGUCCAGGAUGACAGUCCCCCGCUGCCGCCACAACAGCCUGGUGUACGACGGGAAGAUCUACACGCUCGGGGGCCUGGGCGCAGCUGGCAACGUGGACCACGUGGAGAGGUACGACACCAUCACCAACCAGUGGGAGGCGGUGGCCCCGCUGCCCAAGGCCGUGCACUCGGCCGCUGCCACUGUGUGCGGAGGCAAGAUCUACGUCUUCGGGGGCGUCAACGAGGCCGGCCGGGCCGCCGGCGUCCUCCAGUCCUACGUCCCGCAGACCAACACGUGGAGCUUCAUCGAGUCCCCGAUGAUCGACAACAAGUACGCGCCGGCCGUCACCCUCAACGGCUUCGUCUUCAUCCUGGGCGGCGCCUACGCCAGGGCCACGACCAUCUACGACCCGGACAAGGGCAACAUUAAGGCGGGCCCCAACAUGAAUCACUCCCGCCAGUUCUGCAGCGCCGUGGUGCUGGACGGCAAGAUCUACGCCACGGGGGGCAUCGUGAGCAGCGAGGGGCCCGCCCUGGGCAACAUGGAGGCCUACGAGCCCGCCACCAACACGUGGACCCUCCUCCCGCACAUGCCCUGCCCCGUGUUCAGACACGGCUGCGUGGUGAUCAAGAAGUACAUCCAGAGUGGCUGACAUCCGCAGGAAGCGCGCCCGGGCCACCCACUCGCCACGACCCGCGUUCAGCGCCCCCGGAGGCCGACCCGCACACUCGAGGGACCCGCGUGCCCCGUUCCGAAUCCUCUCUACAUUGAAUGUAGACAAGCCUCCUCGCCUUUCCGGGGGGGCCGUAGCGGUGGGGCGCAGAGCCCCCCCAUCCCCCACCAAGCGAGCGGGGCCUUGGGGUUGCUGCGAGGCACUUGCUCUCAACGGAGGCGCUCACUCUGCCCGGUGCAAUAGAGUUACACAUAUUUUUCAACUGGGAGAGAGAAGCUGUUUUUUUCCUUCCUGCAGAGCAAGCUUGCUCCCCCCCCCCCGCCCCCCACAGCCGUAGAUCAGUUCCCCUAGGACGGUAUUAGGUAUCAGGCUCUCUUGACAUACGAUCAAAGUGUCCUUACCACUUUGAUUCCUCCUUUAGUUUUUAGCCGAUCUCCACUUGCCGUGGCCCAGAGGAAACGAGGACAAUGCAGAGCGGCUGCCCACUGCGUGCGUGCGUGUGCGCGUGCGUGCGUGUAUGUGUGCGCGUGCGUGUGUGUGUGUGUGUGUGUGUGUGUGUGUGUGUGUGUGCCAGCUGCUGUGGGGACAGCCGGGGACAGCGUCUGUCCUUCCCAGGGUUUGCUUUCCGUGUUUGGGUUGGAGAAGAACAGGGGAGGUGGUGCUGGCUUCCUCUGAUCCGGUAUGAAUGAUUCAGAUUUCCAAGGCAUUUUCUUGCUCAACAAAAGGCUAUUUUUAAGUACUAAGAGGGGGCAGCCACGAGGCUAAAGGCGGGGGUUCCCCCCCCUCCACCGCUCUUUGUAGGCAGUGCCAGAGAUGGGGGGGCACUUGCUCUAAUUUUUCUAUGUGCAGAAUAGAGGCCCUCUCCUGGAGGGGGGAGGGAGGGAGCGCCUCCCCACCCCCAUUUUAUUUUUUAGAAAAAGGAACUUCGAAACAGCCCCUCCCCCCUCAUAAAAACUGUGCCUCCCAGCAGGCAUUGUCCAAGAGAGAAGCUUGUGUUCUAGAAGGAGACCAGUACUGGCCGCUGGGCCCAGCGCGGCUCCCUCCGUGAGGUCCAGCUGAGGCCCCCGGCCGGCUGGCUGGGAAGAGAGGGAAGCGGAAGAGAGGGUCGUGUCUGCCAAGCACAGGAGACUAUUUUUGAUAUUUAUAGCUAUAUAUUCAGGCGCCUGCCGCAGGAGCUCUCAGGAUGAGGACUGCCCUUCUUGGAAGAGCCGGGCCAGCGGGGCCCGCAGCCCCGCGGAGCUGAGACAGGGGAGCCAGGAGGGAGGGUUCCCCAGGGCUCCAAAGACAAAGGCCUUCCCGCGCGUCCUCAGCCCCUCGGGCCUCACCCGGUGAUCAGUCCCCGUUCCAGGCAAGAAGAAGGCUGCCCCGCCGCCUCCGCUGAGUCGAAGUUGGUACCAAAUACACAUCCACCAUUUUUUCUAUCUCGGAAGUCCACUUGCCAUCAUUUCCGCCAUCACACGUGAGGAGAAGAGGGACAGGACCCCCCCAACCCCCCCCACCUCUCCCUGCCUCUCAGUAUUCGAUGACACAAAUUUCUGAUCCCAGCGUCAGGCCCUCCUCCCGCUCCAAGUAUGGUUCCCACUUGGACAAGAUCCCGAGCUUCGUUAUGCAGUUUUUAAUAUUAUUUAUUCUUUUAAAAAAGUAAUAAGCACAAAACUUACAUACAUUGUAUGUCAUUUAAAGUAUUUAUGUCAAACAGGGUGCAAGUGUGAACCCAUGGACCGGAGCACAAACCUCUAACUGCCUGGGGCAGGGCUAACGUUAGCGUGGGCGUGCGUCUGCCUCCAAAGGAGGCCUUAGUCUCACCCAGCUCGACACAGAUGACAUUGGAAUUCCGUUUCUCUCCUCAUCGAUCACACUGGAGCAAACUGGCGAUGUCUGUGAAUGAUAUAAAACAGGGUUCUCUGUAACGGUAUUGUACAUAGUCUAUGUUUAUUGUUAAGUUCUUGUUAUAUUAUAAUAAAUAUAUUUAUAGAUCUAGA